CCUAAACCAUACUCCUGGCUCGCUUGCAGGCACUGGAAUGAUCCCGCUGCAGUUAGUCCCUGCUUUGAAGUGCAUCUUGGUGGCAGCAGUUGUGAGAGCCCCUGAGGUGGUCUGGUUUACUCCUCCUCUUCCUCCUCUGCCAUGGCACGGUCUGGAUCCUCUGGGAGGUCACCUCAGGUAAGGGAAGGAGAACUGGAGAGAGAGGGAGGGGCAGCCUCAGUGCCUCCCUCUGUGGGCAGUGGGGAGGAGGAUUGGGGCCCUUUCAACUGCACUUCUAUGAUUCUAUGUCAGGUUGACCUGUAAUAAUAAUUAUUCUGUCGCAUGAAGCCUUUUAUGGUUCUCAGAUGCAAUUGAAUGAAUGAAUGCACACAUCCAUUUUCUUUUCAAACUGGGAAGAUGGUGUAUGUUGAAGAAUGGAGGCUAUUUAAGGAUUAUAGAAGAUCAUAUUGGACCAAUCACGCCAUAUUAGCAGAACUUGAGUGAUACUUGUAAACACAACAAAUACCAUUUGUGGAGUAGACGGGAACAAUAUUAAAGAAUAUAAAACUGUGCGGGGAAAAUGACGACAGUAUAAACAGUACAAUGAGAAUGACUGGAAGACUUGUUUUGACAGAAGUCUUUUUUAUUUACGUGUUUAAUUAAGUAUUAAUUAGGAAGAUUAAGGUUUUUUCUUAUGUAUGUAAAUUUGCUUUUUCUUCUUUCUACUUUCUAUAUUUUCUUCUUUUCUUUUUUCUUAAUUGUUUUUCUUUAAUUUUCUUUUUGUAAAUUCUUUGUGAAUUCUUUGUGUAAGUGUGUAAUUUAAAUUAAUAAAGAUUAUUUUUUUUUAAAAAAGGAGAAGUUAUCUCUCCUCCUCCUCCUCCUCUUUCUCCUUCCAGGGUUUGGUGACCUUUGAGGAGGUGGCUGUGUUUUUCACAGAGGAGGAGUGGUCUCUGCUGGAUCCUGGCCAAAGAGCUCUGCACAAGGAAGUCAUGGGGGAGAAUUAUGAGACGGUGGCCUCUCUAGGUGAGGGCACUUUCUUCCCCUUUCGUCAUUAGAUAUUGCCAUCAGAAGAGCUACAAAAUAGAAGGGUUGACUGAUAAACCACUCUGGGAAUUGCAGUUCCGGGAGGGAAAUAGCUUGCCGAUCAGAAGGUCGGCGGUUCGAAUCCCUGCGACUGCUCAGCAGGAAGGUAAACGGCGUUUCCGUGCGCUGCUCUGGUUCGCCAGAAGUGGUUUAGUCAUGCUGGCCACAUGACCCGGAAGCUGUACGCUGGCUCCCUCGGCCAGUAAAGCGAGAUGAGCGCCGCAACCCCAGAGUCGGUCACGACUGGACCUAAUGGUCAGGGGUCCCUUUACCUUUACCUUGGUUUUCAAACAUCUCCAUCAACAAGCAUUUCGGUUUUCGAAAUGCCACACGACUUCUGUCUUGACUUUUCAGUUUCCAAAUGUUUCUGAACUUGGAACGGUCUUCCGGAAUGGAUUACGUUCAGAAACCGAGGUACGACUGUACAGUGGUACCUCGGGUUACAUACGCUUCAGAUUACGUACGCUUCAGGUUACAGACUCCGCUAACCCAGAAAUAGUGCUUCAGGUUAAGAACUUUGCUUCAGGAUGAGAACAGAAAUCGUGCUCCUGUGGCGCAGCUGCAGCAGGAGGCCCCAUUAGCUAAAAUGGUGCUUCAGGUUAAGAACUGUUUCAGGUUAAGUACGGACCUCCGGAACGAAUUAAGUACUUAACCUGAGGUACCACUUUACUGAUUUUUAUCUAUAUUUUGAUAACUUUUACGUCUGGGAAGCUUAUAUGGUUGUGUAGGCAGAACAACUGGAAUUGUGCAAUGUUGAAUUCCACCCAAAGGGUACAGUCUUGUUGAAACUUGACACCACAGUUGUGUCGCAUCUGUCAAAAUGGGGGGAAAUAACUGGGAUGCUCAAGCCCAAGAAACAGCAAAAAGAUACUGUUACUGCCCUGAAAUACAAGUGAGAUUUUCUUUUUUCUCCCUCCCCAACCCUUUGCCCCAACCCUUUGCCCCAACAGAUGAUGGGCAACACCUUGAGAAUUAUAGGGAACCAUGGAUGGUGUCAUAAUCAACAGGCAAGCAGGAAGCAGAAAAUGAAAGAGGAGCCAAAAGGCAUGAAGGAGACCUGUCAAAGAACUGGAGGAAAACACAUUCUACUUCUCAGAGUGGUGACAUCCAUAAACAAUUCAUGCCACUGAAAGACCACAAAAGAAGUAUCAGGAAAGUGCCCCCAGUGUGUGGGGAAAUAAUUGGAGAUGUAUCAGACCUAAAUAGGCAUUCAAAGAUCCGCAUAGGGGAGAAACCAUAUAAAUGCAGAGAGUGUGGAAAGAGCUUUAAUGAGAGUGGUAGCCUUACUAAACAUCUAAGGACACACACCGGGGAGAAGCCCUUUAAAUGCAUGGAGUGCAGGAAGAGCUUCAGUGUGAGCUGUAGCCUUACUGCGCAUCAAAGAAUCCACACGGGGGAGAAACCAUUUAAAUGCAUGGAAUGUGGAAACAGCUUUAGUGUCAUCUGCAAUCUUAUUAAACAUCAAAGAACCCAUACUGGAGAGAAACCAUUUCAAUGCAGGGAGUGUGGAAUGUGCUUUAAUGGGAGUCUUACUAUACAUCAGAGAACCCACACUGGGGAGAAACCAUUUAAAUGUACUGAAUGUGGACAGAGCUUCAGUGUAAGGAAUCACCUUAACAAUCAUCAGAGAACCCACACUGGGGAGAAACCAUUUAAAUGCAUUGAGUGCGGAAAGAGCUUCAGUGUAAGAGAUCAGCUUGCUAAACAUCAAAGAACACACACAGCAGAGAAACCAUUUAAAUGCAUGGUUUGUGAAAAGAGCUUUAGAGUGAGCACAAGCCUUACUUUACAUCAAAGAACACACACAGGGGAGAAGCCAUUUAAAUGCAUGGAAUGUGGAAAAAGCUUCAGUGUGUCGUGUCAUCUAACUAGUCAUCGAAGGACACACACAGGGGAGAAACCCUAUAAAUGCAUGGAAUGUGGAAAGAGUUUCACUGUGAGCAGUAGCCUUAUUUUGCAUCAAAGAGCACACACAGGUGAGAAAGCAUUUAAAUGUACCGAGUGUGGAAAGAGCUUCAGUGAAAAUGGAACACUUACUAAACAUCAAAGAACCCACAAAGGGGUGAAGCCACAUAAAUUUAUAAAGUGUGGAAAGAGCUUUGGAGUACGUAGUAGCCUUACUGUUCAUCUGAGAACCCACACAGGGGAGAAACCCUAUAAAUGUAUGAAAUGUGGAAAGAGCUUCAGUCAGAGCAGUAACCUUACUUCACAUCAAAGAAUCCACACAGGUAGAGACAAUAUAAUUUAAUUGUGUGUGUAAAGUGUUUCAGGAACAACAGAAGUCUUUCUGCACAUGAAAAAAAAAUCACACAUGGGGUGCGGAAAGAUGUAUGGCAACCCUAUAUUAAUCUAAUUAAUAGUGAGGCUUGCUAAUAUAUACCGCAAAAAGUACAAUGUAUGUCAAAAACUACACACUCUAUGUAUGGAAAAUUGUUUUAAGGUAUUUUAAUUGUUUUAUUGUUUGUGUGUUUUCCAUCCUGGGCUACUUUGGGAGUAAGGGUGGGAUGAUGAUUAUGAUACGUAAACCUUAAAUGUAUGCAAUACGGUAACUUGACCAUUCAAGACAGCCAUAAAUGACAAUAGUGCAUUGCUAUGUUAAUUUAAUGCCCGUAGUGGAGUAGAAAACAAUUCUCAUAAUUCAAGCUACAAUUGGUGGGUCAUGGCCUCCUUGAUAAGUUAUCAUCCUAGCCAGCCCAAGACAUUCUGCUGCCUGAGUUGAAAGUCCAUGUGGAGAAGGCAAAUACAAUGGUGUUUGAGGUGACCUCAUCCUGCACUACGCUUGGAAGAAAGAGGUAGCUAUUGCUGUCACAUGGCAUCUCAUGCCUGAGGUGGUCACCUGACUGCCUAAUGGUAAGGCCAGCCUGGUUGUAAUUCAGUGGUUUCACAUCACAUCUCCUGGUGAUAUCCCUUGGUUGAAGAACGGCUACUUUUAGGUCAGCAAUGGAGAAGCUGAGAUGUUCUCCUGCUGGUUUCUGAAUAUUGCCCUAUCUGUUCUCAAGUUAUUUUGUCCACACUUCUUUCUUGCGAUCCUUUUCUUCUCUGGCCCCUCCCAACAUUCGGGGCUGUUUUAGUUUAGAGAAGGGGGGGCAUGAUAGAACUGUGUAAUAUACGCUGCAUGGAGAAAGUGGAAGGAGAGAGGUUUUUCUCAUAAUACUUGAAUUCAGGAACCUUAAGUGAAGCUAAAUGUUCGAAGAUUCUGGACAGGGAAAGGAAAACCUUCACACACUACAUAGCUGGAUGAUAGAAUUCACUCUCACAAGAUGUUCUGAUGGCCACCGACUCAGAUGAUUUUAAAAGAGGGUUAGAUAAAUUAAUGGAGGACAAGUCUUUCAAUGGCUAUUUUCUCCUACUGUAUGCUUCGGAAUACUUUUUGGAAAUGCUGGUGAGCAGAGAAAAUUCCCCACUAGAUUCAUCUUCACUUCAGGUUUAUUUUUUCAUUUUUCCCUGUAACUUAAUCGCUUCUCUGGGACACACACAGAGAUUAGAAAACAUUGCUUUUCGAUUUCAUGGCUAAUUUCCUGUUUGGAUCGUAGAUCCCAAACACCUGCAUCUAAGACCACAGGAGGCUGCUCCCUAGAAUUCCUCUCUGGGUUGGUAGUUAUGUACUUCUGUUAAAUUAAAAUGCCACACACAACUGGGUAUACAUGAAGCUUUAAAUAAGAAGACUCUUUGGAGUUUAGCUGGGGGGAUGUAUGCAUUUAUCAGCUGUUAAAUUUGCAUGCUAUAAAACUUUUGCAUGUAAUGGUGGCUUUACCAGAUGGUUUCGUGUCGUUUGUUUUGCAGAUUAUGUUCUAAUGUAAUCAAGCCCUACUAUGAGUAGACCCACUGGAUUUAAUGAAUCUAGGUUAGUCAGGUAGACUGGCCAUUCUUACGUUCUUAUGAAUAUUACCCUCCUAAUGCUUCUUACAGUGGUUCCCUAAGCUGUGAUAUUCCUUCCCCAGAUAUUUAUCUUGUACCUUCCUUGUACAGUUUUGGGCGAAUGCUGAAGACGCACCUUUUCCCCCUGGUCUUUUGACACUUGAGAUGUGUAUUUUCAGCACCCAUCCUAUUCCCGUGACUGUAAUAUAACUUAAUUUUUAAUGCUGAAUUUUAACUUGUUGUGCCCCUCCUUUGCACCUGCUGGCGCAAGGCAGGUAAUAAAUUUAGUAGUGUAGUAGUAACAUGUGGUUUUGAAUUUCCCUUUUGUGGCUGUAGCCAUGGACAUGCUAUGUGAAUAAUAAGAGAACCCAUAUACGGUAAAUAUUACAAAUUGAUUUUAGCCUCUGGUCACAACCCUGUGAGGCAAAUUUAGGACCUCACUAGUACUGAAAGCAAUGUUCUGUACAUUUUACUGGGAAAUACUAGCAUUGAACAUUUCCAAGAACCACAACACUCUGCCUAUGUUCACUGUCAAAUGCUGCCCUGCUCUCCUUUCUCCCUCCUCUGAAAAUCCAUUUACAGGUUAGCUUUAUAAUAAUCUCCUGGCUCAGCAACCCUCUUAUUAGUGAUGAAGAAGCAGGGAACGCUGGUCUAAUCAGAUGGGCACUGGAGAGAGCCAAUGGAAUAGAGUGC